GUAGCAAAUACUUAAAAGUCCUUUAUUGACAAGUAUGCUAAGUAAAGGUUUAUUCUCAACAUAUAUUUCUUCUUCUUUGAAAUGCUUCUCUUCAUCAACUUCUAGUGUGCUCAAAGUUGGAGAUAUCUUGAGCUAUAACAGAAUAUUCACUAGUGAAGAUGUUUUGGAAUACUCCAAAGUGAGUCAUGACUCUAAUCCUCUGCAUUUCGAUUCCAAAUUAGCUCAACGUGCUGGAUUCAACGGUUGUCUUGUUCACGGUUUGCUUGUCGCUUCGAUGUUCCCUCAUAUCAUUUCUUCUCAUUAUCCUGGAGCCAUCUAUGUGUCGCAAAGUUUAAACUUUAAGUUGCCGGUUUACGUCGGAGAGAAGAUUGUUGGUCAGGUAGAAGCAAUCGAGUUGAGAGAAAAUAAGAAGAGAUACCUGGCUAAAUUCAAAACAAAGUGCUUGAGGAAUGGAGACGAGCUUGUUCUCGAGGGCGAGGCAAGGGCCAUCUUACCCGUUGAUUUUCAUUCCACAAACGAGUAGAAGAUGAGCUUGUACUCAGGUCUCGAAGGGCUUUCAGAUGAUUUCCUAGCCUCCACUUUAUGUUGCUUCAUCUCUUAUUGAUGGGAUAUGAACAACAUCUCUAUUGUAGGCCAUCGUUCUGGGUCUGUUUCUUUUUCAAUAAAUUUGCCAUGAGCUCCUUUCCAUCUUCAAAAUGAUCAAUUAUCAUCAACAGAGACUAACAAAAUGAAA